CUGAGACUACGUAGAAGAGCUCAAGGUCAGUGAAACUGGCAGGCCUCGCUAACAGAAGAAAGAAACAUCUAUUUUGGGAUAGCACUAGUAAAAACCCUCAGAGGACACCAUGCUGAAGGAACUACACAUGAAAUGUGUGUAAUUUAUUAACAGCAAAGCUUUUGGCAAGACUACAUUGUCUGGAAUGCACUCACUCAACAGGUUCUCCUUCUUUCUCACCAUCUGAGACCAGGUCGACUGAUAGAGCGACACGCUCCACAAUGAAUGGGACCAAAAGAACGUGGUGUGAUCCGGUUCAUGUAUUGAAUCUGCUUGAACACCUGCUUUGAUGACGCCAAAAGAUAACGAGGCUAAACCCACCCACUUGAGGUACAGGACAACUGAUACGAGGGGAAGUCUAUAUAGCCUAAACCCUGACACCUGUUGUUGAAGGGUAUCACAAAUUGGAUCCUUGCAUCGAGGUCUAACCAUUUGAAAGUGAUUAUAUUUGGGUAGGAGCAGACGUCAAUAAUCAUGUCUCAUGGCUGGGGUUACGGACCAUCUGACGGACCUGUCAACUGGUGUAAGGACUUCCCCAUUGCUAAUGGGCCCAGGCAGUCUCCUAUUAAUAUUAUUAGUGGCCAAGCAUCCUACGAUUCUGCCCUGAAGCCCCUCAAACUGAACUAUGACCCAUCCAACUCCACAUACAUUCUGAACAAUGGCCAUUCCUUCCAAGUUGGCUUUGUGGAUGAUACAGACAGUUCAACACUGACCGGAGGCCCCAUCACCGGCAUAUACAGGCUGAAGCAGUUCCACUUCCACUGGGGAGCCAGUGAUUACAGGGGCUCUGAGCACACUGUCAAUGGAAUCAAGUUCCCAUGUGAGCUCCAUCUGGUGCACUGGAACACCAAGUACCUCAGCUUUGGUGAAGCUGUUAGCCAUCCCGAUGGUCUUGCUGUAGUUGGAGUGUUUCUGAAGCUUGGUGCUGCAAACCCCAGACUACAAAAGGUUCUGGAUGCUCUGGAGGCCAUCAAAUCAAAGGGGAAGCAAACUACGUUUUCCAACUUUGACGCUGAAACUCUGCUGCCUGACUCACUGGACUACUGGACAUACCAUGGCUCCCUGACCACUCCCCCUCUGCUGGAGAGUGUCACCUGGAUUGUCCUGAAGGAAUCAAUCAGUGUCAGCCUUACCCAGAUGGGUAAAUUCCGCAGCUUGAAGUUCAGUGGGGACGAAGAGGCACAUUGCUGCAUGCAGGACAACUACAGACCCACUCAGCCUCUCAAGGGACGCAAGGUCCGCCGGUCCUUCAAGUAAACAGCCACGUGUCACACCAUCAGUAAAUAGUACAAAACAGAAAUGUAAACCUAAACCAAUGCAAUUUAAUAACGAGCCAGUGCAGAUGAGAUUUAUGCGCUGGUAUGGAUGGAUAGCAGCUCCUGUAAUCCCUGACGAUCAGCCUCAGGAUCACCCCAGAUUAAUGUAAUUUAGCUGCCUGCCCCUGCAAUAACAGAUGAGUCAGAGAUGGAGGCCUUUAAUGGUAUAAUACUACAGGGCUUUUUUCUCUUCUCUACUCUCACUAAGCACAAACAGUUGCUAUGCAAGAGAUGGAAUCUUGAAUGAAUCCUUAAACACUUUCCAUUUUUGUAUUGUAUCCUCGCAUCAUCAAUUGUUUGAAUUUUGUCGCUUUAGAUUACAGGUCCAUGCCAAAUAUAAGAGAUGUAAUUUAAGUGUUAUAUUUAUAUAUAUGUAUAUUUUUGUACUCAUAACUUACCUCUCUACCUACCGUCACCCCAGUGCAUUAUCGUUGUCUUAAAAUCACGAGUGAAAGAAAAUGUUGUGUGUGAGGUGUCAUUAUGUCAUCCAAGUCCCAUCCACUAUAAUGAAAUCCUGUGUUAAUAUCGGUAACUGUUUAUAAACUCAAUGUUUAUGGAAUGACACAUCUGUUGGAAAGCUUUGCACAUUUUUGGGGGUAUAUUGAAUGACCACACUACAGAAAUGUCAGUUGCCCUUUGGCUGUGUGGGAUCAGCCUUACCCAGCUAGGGAAACAGAGACCCCACUGUUGAUAAUCAGAUAUCUUCCUUUAAAGUACGGACAGAAGGCUUAUUUUACAGUCACGUGCCCUUAACCAGGAAGUAUUGACCUGAGUUCUCCACCUCUGUGGUUCAGGGCAAGUUAAUCAAUCACGUUGUGUGGUACAAACAACAGUCACUGCAACUUAAAUAUGUCUUUGUGAUUAACCCGUUCACAUCCUUGUACAAUAUCAAAAUGCGCCUCAGAACAAAUUACUUUUGGUGUAAAUGCAUGGAAUUUGGUGUCAACAUAGUUAGUAAACGUGUCUAGACAGGCCGCAUUGAAAUGUUAAGAUUAUCAUACUUCCAGUGUCAAUCAAAGUUGGGAUUUUGAGAAUAUAUAUAUUUUUUAAUCGUUAAAAUGACUUCAGCAUAUGUAUGUUGACGCAUAUAGUAUUGUUCUUUGACCUGUUCUAAACCCAACUAUGUCUAAUAUAUGAUUCAACUCAGUAGUUUGUGACCUACAGCUAUUUCUGUAUAGUACUAUAUUUAGUCUUUUUUUCUUUUUUUACACAUUUCAAGAAUCAAGUCAUGUGAAUACAAUCAAAUGAUCAGAAUAAUUUUUGGUAUAUAGAUUGUCAGGACCAAUAUACACUGCAUAUACGAAACCUGCUCUUUCCAUGACAUAGACUGACGAAAGGUGAAAGCUAUUAUUAAUACCUUAUUGAUGUCACCUGUUAAAUCCACUUCAAUCAGUGUAGUUGAAAGAGAGGAGACAUGUUAAAGAAGGAUUUUUAAGCUUUGAGACAAUUGAGACAUGGAUUGUGUAUUUGUGCCAUUCAGAGGGUGAAUGAGCAAGACAAAAUAAUGAAGUGCCUUUGAACGGCGUAUGGUAGUAGGUGCCAGGCGCAUCGAUUUCGAGUGUGUUAACUGCAACACUACUUUUUCACACUGAACAGUUUCCCAUGUGUAUCAAGAAUGGUCCACCAGCCAACUUGACACAACUGUGAGAAGCAUUGAAGUCAACAUGGACCAGCAUCCCUGUAGAAUGCUUGACACCUUAUAGAGUCCACCUCAAUGCCCCCCAAUGAAUUGAGACUGUUCUGAAGGCAAAAGGGGGAAGGUGUUCUUAAUGUUUUGUGCUCUCAUUGUAGUUGUCUAUUUUGUAUUAUUUAAAGAUCCCCACACUCCUGGGGUCUUGCAACAUUAAGGCAGAUAUAGAAUUUUAUAUAUUACAUUUUAUAACACUUUCAGGCCACUACUCCACUAUCACAUAUUUACAAUACAACGCCUGUGUGUGUGCCUGUGUGUGUGUCUCUUCACAGUCCUCGCUGUUCCAUCAGAUGUAUUUUUUUAUUUUUUUAUCUGAUUCUACUGCUUGCAUCAGUUACCUGACGUGGAAUAGAGUUCCAUGUAACAAUGGCUCUAUGUAGUACUGUGCACCUCCCAUAGUCUGUCCUUGACUUGGAGAUUGUGAAGAGACUUGCUGGCAUGUCUUGUAGGGUAUGCAUGGGUGUCUGAGCUGUGUGCUAGUAGUUUAAACAGACACCUCAGUGCAUUCAGCAUGUUAACACUUCUUACAAAAUAGAUGCACUACUGUUCCACUGGAUGUCAUAAGGUGAAUGCACCAAUGUGUAAGUCGCUCUGGAUAAGAGCGUCUGCUAAAUGACUUAAAUGUAAAUGUAAAUGUAAAAUCAAGCAGUGAUGAAGUCAUUCUCUCCUCCACUUUGAGUCAUGAGAGUUUACAUGCAUAUUAUUAGUGUUAGCUCUCCAUGUACAUAUAAGGGCAAGGCGUGCUGCACUUUUCUGAGCCAAUUGUCAUUUUCUGGAGGUCUCUCUUUGUGGCACCUGACUACACGGCUGAAAAGUGCGACAAAAUUAGGGACUGUAGGAACCUGCCUUGUUGAUAGUGUCGUUAAGGCAGAGCAGAGCUUUAUUAUGGACAGACUUCUCCCAUUUUAGCUACUGUUGUAUCAACAUGUUUUGACCAUGACAGUUUACAAUCCAGGGUUACUUGCUCAAUUUCCACAUUAUUUAUUACAAUAUUUAGUUGAGGUUUAUGGUUUAGCAAAAUAUUUGUCCCAAAUACAAUGCUUAGAUUUUGAAAUAUUUAGGACUAACUUAUUCCUUGCCACCCAUUCUGAAACUAACUGCAGCUCUUUUUUUAAGUUGUAGUGAUUUCACUCGCUGUAGUAGCUGAUGUGUAUAGUGUUGAGUCAUCCACUUACAUAGACACACUGGCUUUACUCAAAGCCAGUCACAUGUCAUUAGUAAAGAUUGAAAAAAGUAAGGGGUCGACCGCUGCCCUGAGGAAUUCCUGAGUCUACCUGGAUUAUGUUGGAGAGGCUUCCAUUAACCCUUUGCCACGUACGAUCACAUAUUUGUGAUCAUUGUUGACUGGUUCCUGCAGCAUACCAUCACAAAUAUGUGAUUGGAACAGUCGUAACAGAACAUAUGAUGGAACAAACUUGUCUAAACAGUAUUGUUUUCUGAAAGCAUCUAAACAAUGCUUUGUACUGCUGGGAAAUAAAGGUCUUCACAACUUUA